CAAUCUACGGCUAACCUAGGGUUCCCGUCCCGUCCGGAUCCGUCGAUGGGGAAGGAGGGCGUGGUGGCAGGGCCGGCGGCGGAUGGGAGUAAAUCGCGGCCGGAGUGCAUCAACUCGUCCAACCCGUACCACGAGUGCACUGACUACUGCCUCCGCAAGAUCGCCGAGGCCAGGCAGCGCCUCGACGACGAGCUCCCCGACUCGUGGAAGCGCCCGCCCGAGCACCGCACCGUCCACCGGGACUGCAUCAACGCCUGCAACCCCUACCACGAGUGCUCCGACUACUGCUUCAAGCGCAUCGCCGACGCCAAGUCAGGGCUUGAGCGUGGGGAGCAACAGCCACCAGCUGACGUGGCCACCGCUGCCGGCACGUCUGAUGCCGUGGAGCAGCAGCAACUUGAAGAUAACGAUGCCGACGGACAGGAGGGCGCAGCCGCGGAUGACGGCUACCCGCAGAUGACGGAAAAGCAGAAGAAGCUGUUCGAGCUGCGCCUUAAGAUGAAUGAAGCGCGGAAAGCGAAUCAGCAGGCAAUGGUUGCCGAGAAGAAAAGGAUGGAACCGCGGGGCGAGAGCCGAGGUGUUUCUAAGCAGAAGUGGCUGGACGACAGGAAGAAGAAGAUCGGGAAGCUGCUGGACUCAAAUGGCCUUGAUAUGUCCAAGGCGUACAUGCUCGAUACGCAGGAGACUGCAGAAGCCAAGUACAAGAAAUGGGAGAAGGAACCUGCUCCAUAUGGGUGGGAUGUUUUCAAUCAAAAGACCUUGUAUGAUGCAUACAAAAAGAGGACCAAGGAUAUAGAAGUUGACAUGGAGGCGUACAAUAAAGCCAAGGAAGCUGAUCCUGAAUUCUACCGUGACGCCUCCAGUCUCCAGUACGGGAAGGUGUCCAAUGUCCCUGAAGAAAACAUUGACAAGAUGGUCAAGGAACUCAAGGAGCGGGAAGAGAAGCGGAAAUCGUUCAGCAGGAGGCGCAAGUUUAACGAAGACAAGGACAUUGAUUCGAUCAACGACCGGAAUGAGCACUUCAACAAGAAGGUUGAGCGCGCGUUCGGCAAGUACACGCUCGAGAUCAAGAACAACCUCGAAAGAGGUACUGCCUUGCCGGACUAAAACUGUACACAGCAGCUCGGUAUCAAGAACAGCAUGGGAAGAGAGGUAAGGUACUGGCUUGCCGGACUAAGGACCUUACACAGCAGCUAUCUUAUGGCGCUCAAGCUAACCACUCGCCUAGAGGCGUGUGUCCCUGGUGUUUUCCUUUUCGCAUGGUUACUUCUUGCCUGUAUGCUCGGAACUCGUGGCCAUGGUUCCAUUUUGAUUUGUAAGAAACCGGGGACUGGGUUGUCAUGACGUUAGGUUGAAGUAAUGUACAGACCAAGUUGUGCCUGAAUGGAAUGGUUGAUUUGUAAUUGUGUAUAUGCCGCGACGAGGUUUAUGUAAUUUAAAAUCAAUUCUGAG